AGGGCCGGGCGGCGGCGCGCCUGGAUGCCCGCCCGAGUGGGAACGGGCGGGGAAAGUUUCUCCUGUGCGCGCCCCGUCCGUCCGUCCCUCCCUCCGCGCCCGCACACUCUCGCAGACACACACUCACACCCCUCUCCCGCCGCCAGCGGCCGGGGGGCACUUUUGAAAGCCCUUCUGGUUCCACACCCAGCCGCCGCUGACAUCAUUCCCGCAGGAGGGCGGGCGGAGGCACCGCCGCCGCCGCCAGACGGUCGCAGCCCCGGAGAGCUGCCCGCCGGCCCGCGCCCAUUUAUCUCAGCCUAAAGCCUCCCCAGAGCAAGGAUGCUGAUUCUCCUGGCCUUCAUAAUCGUGUUUCACAUAACCUCAGCAGCUCUGCUGUUCAUCUCAACUAUCGACAAUGCCUGGUGGGUGGGAGAUAACUUUUCUGCAGAUGUCUGGAGAGUGUGUACCACGAAUACGAGCACCUGUAUGGCUAUCACUGAUGAGUUCAAUGAGUAUCAAUCAAUUCAGGCUGUUCAGGCCGCCAUGAUCCUGUCUACCAUUUUCUGCUGUGUGGCGUUUCUGGUUUUCAUUCUUCAACUCUUCCGUCUAAAGCAAGGAGAAAGAUUUGUGUUAACUUCUGUUAUCCAGCUCCUGUCAUGUCUGUGUGUUAUGAUUGCAGCUUCCAUUUACACAGACAGGCAUGAAGAACUGCACCAGAGCCAUGGAUAUGUAAUGGAAGUUUCCAAAGGCCAAUAUGGCUAUUCCUUUGUCUUAGCCUGGAUUGCCUUUGCCUUUACCCUGAUCAGUGGAGUGAUGUACUUAGUAUUAAGGAAGCGUAAAUAAAUGUCAGCACCUAGUUAUUUCUGUCACUGCAGUACAAAACCAAAUUCCAGUAACCAUUUUGUAUAUAAUCAUUUACAUGGUUUUGUAGUAAAGGUAUUGUUUCUCUAAAAAUGUACUGUGUUCUUGAUAUGAAACAGAAUUAAAAAAAAAAAAAAAAGAAGGCAGGUGAAAUGAAAUGCCUGGCACCUCCAGGUCAGGGGUCGGAGCAAGACAGAGCCAAGUUGUAUCUUUUACAUAUUUCAUCAUCAUAAAUUGUUUUCCUUUAUUAGACAUUAACAGUUUGUUCCUGGCCUCUAGUAGAUUAGAAAUAAAGCCCAUACAAAUUAAUUUGUAAGCAAUAUACUAAUUAUAUUCCUGGACCAGAUAUCCCUUUGAAAUAUGUUAAAUAGAAGGGCGUGCAACAAAACAAGGCCCAGAUGACAGUGAAAAAGCAAACACUUCUAAAGCCCAGAGCUGCACUCAGAGCGUCUGCCCUGGCUCAGGACCAGUGUUCUGCUCUUUAUAAUGUGCAGUAAGUGUCAUCAAGUUUUUAUUAAAACCACUUGCUUUGCAAAAGUAAACAAGGCCUUUUUGUACUCCAGC